AUGACGGAACCGACAGAUCCAAUCAGACUCCAUAUCAGCCCGUUCACCCCCGAAAUCCUCCCCGCGGUACUACCAGCAUCCAUUCGAGCAACGGCCACCGAUAUCUCAUACCAUACCAUUUCCACCUUCCCCGAGAACAGUUACGGAUUCGUCACUCUGCCCAAAAUGGACGCCGAGAAGAUCAAGAAGAAGCUCAAUGGAUCGAUCCUGAAGGGAAAGAAGUUCAAGGUGGAUACAGCUCGCCCGUCCAAGCGACCACUCGAGAAGGAAGAUGCCGAACCCGAAGCUCCCAAAGAAAAGAAGAAGUCGAAGAAGAGCAAGUCAAAAGACGAGACACUAGAUGGCUUUGAGCUUCCCUCCGACCGAAAAGUGAAGAGAGGUUGGACUGAACCCAAAACUGCCAAGGACAAGCGGAAAUACGAGAAGAAGAAGAGCAAGGACGACAAGAAGGAAAAACUCCAACCUAAGUCCAAGUACACCGAGAAGGCCGAAUGCUUAUUCCGCACCAAACUUCCGCCCAAUCGUGCAGCCGAGGCGGCUGCCGACGACAAGAAGGCCAAGAAGAAGCAGAAAGGUUCGGAAUCUGUGGUGCACGAGUUUGCCAAAGCAACCACCUACCCGAGCUUCCUCCGUUCCUCAGGAGACGACACCGCUAAGACAGCUACAUUCGACGAAGAGAAGGGUUGGGUGGACACUACGGGCAAUGUGAAGGAACCGGUCAACGAGAAAGCUCGAAAGAAGGAUUAUCGGCCAGGCAAAGUCCCUGGAGCUAAAGAGAAGCGACCGGUCCGCAAGGACCCCGUUGAUAGCCCCAACGCCAAAACACAAGAUCUCGAAUCCUCUGCCGAGUCCGAAGACUGGACAUCAUCAAGCGGUUCUUCGGAUGAAAGUUCGAGUUCGGCGAGUGAGAGCGAGGCUAGCAGCUCCGAUGACUCCGAUUCAGAGUCCGACUCAGAGUCCGCAGCAGAAGAUGCCGUUCCCAACGAAAAAGAGUCUUCACCAGAGAGCACAAGAGAAGACGAUAUCCCCAUGACUACCGAUACUCCUGUCAACGCAUUCCUUGAAUCGACCAGUGAGCCCGCCCAAAACACCGAAAACGUGCCCGAAGAACCCAAAGAGGUUCACCCUUUGGAGGCUCUCUUCAAACGGUCCGCCCCGGCAGAAUCCGAACAGGCUCCGCAACCAACUGAGGUCGGGUUCAGCUUCUUCGGUAACAACGACGAUAUUGAAUCCGAGGACGAGUCCAGAGGCCCCGAGCCCCAGACUCCCUUUACGCCUUUCGCCAAGAGAGACCUACAGGAUCGCGGUAUGCGGAGUGCAGCUCCAACCCCGGAUACAGCUGCCGCUAGUCGACACAUGCAGUGGAACGAAGAUGAGGACAUGGAGGAUGACGACAUUACGAUUGAUACCCCAGUCUCUAAAUCGCGAACGGAAGGAUCCGGCGACAAAGACGAGACUGAAUUUGCGAAAUGGUUCUGGGAAAACCGGGGAGACAACAACCGAGCAUGGAAAAAGAGACGGCGUGAUGCAGCCAAGGAGCAGAGACAGAGAGAGAACCGGAAGAAGGGAAUGAAGGGAAGGUCAUGA